UUGGAUCCAUGGAUGAAUCCACCAAUCCAAUUGUAUUUGGAUCAAAUGAAUUGGAUUUAAAUGGAUUAGGUGGAUAUUUUUAAUGGGUUGGUGGAUUGCAUUGAGAAUUGCCACCUCUAAUCAUCAGCCAUCAUGAUGAUUUGUGGUAGCUUAUAUAUAUAUAGGGAGUUCUACGGUAUCCAGGGUGAAAUCCGGGGUACCGCAUACCUUGAGUAAGAAAACGCUAUCUAGAACUUGAAUUGACUAAUCUUUCGGACAUGAUACUAUACUCUAACCCUUAAAGAUCAACAUCUAGGUCUCAAUUCUCUUAUACCCCAAGAUCAAUUUAAUUAGAAACAAUAAUCGACGGUUAUGAUUCGUCACAAUAUAGGCAAAAAAUCAAUGCACAAUCUUAGGGUUUAUAGUUUAUAAUUUAGAGAAUUAGGACCUAGGGUUCACUCAUUAAGGAUUAGGGUAUAUUAUCAUGCCCAAAAAUCCUGCUGAUUCGAGGCCUUGAUAGUGUUUUCAUACUUAAGGUAUGCGGUACCCUGGAUUUCACUCGGGGUACCGUAGAAGGCACCAUAUAUGUAUAUAUAUAUAUAUAUAUAUAUAUGGUGUAUAUAUAUAUAUAUAUGAUUAGAGGUGGCAAUUAUGAUCCAAAUCCAUGAAUCCAAUCCAUCCACCAAAUUAUCCACUUAAUCCAAUCCAUUUAAAUCCAAUGGCAAAUUAAGAUUUGGUACCUAUAUUUUUAUAUUUUACAUUUUGGUACCUAAAAUUUAUAUUUUAUACGAAAAAAUCAUUGGAAAAUUACAUUUUGGUACCUAAGAUUUUCCAUUAUGACAUUUUAGUACCUAAAAUUUUCAAAAUUUACAUUUUGGUCCAAGUCUGGGAUGUCAUUUGGAUUUAUGAAUCAAUCCACCAAUCCAUUGGAUCCAAUCCAUUUGAUCCAUGGAUUCACUAAUCCAAUCCACGAAUCCACCCAAUUGCCACCUCUAUAUAUGAUGCAUCUCCACUCCAUGGCAGUAGUUAGUCAAUCACUGUGCUUAAUUAGGGUUUCGUUACUUUGUAUUACCCAGAUCUUGGUUUAGAAAAGAUUAGAUUUUGUACACUUUCAGAUUUGUUCAGUUUCCCACUAUAUAAUUUAACUGAUGGUUCAACCGUUUCAUAACAAGCUUAUUGAUUUGGAGUCCGGUAUCUAAUAUUUUCAAAUUUCAACCAUUUGCUACGUGUCGGUGGAGGGUCAGAGUUUGGACUGUGAAGGGUGAAAGAUGGGUUGACACGUUGGUUAUUUGUGGCUUACACGUAAUGGUGUAAAUGCAUACGCGGCCAAAACUCUCUGUAAUGACGUGGACAGUGGGGCCUUUGAAGACUCUUGGCUGCCUACGUGUCCUAUAUAUAUCUUGGCACUUUAUAGUGUGAACAAUGGAGUUCAUGACAAUGUUUUAGAAAUUCUAUCAAAUUGGUAUGUUCGAUAAUGAAUACUGAAUACCAGAUUUCAAAUGGAAAACAGGUUUAUUUAUAUGAAAUGGUUGAAUCACAGUUCAUGAUAGAAAAUUUUGUUGUUAUAAGAUUGUGGAGCAGAAAUUUGGUGUAUAACAUUUGGUUAUAUUUGAAUUAGUAAAUGUCCUACGUACAUAUGAAUUAAUGUUCCUUUUUUUCCACAGUUUGAUCUCCACGUUCUACCAGUUUACUGACUCUUGUCUUUUGUGCAGCUUUCUCCGUUAGCAGUUAGUUAUAGUUUCAACCAACGCCACGCCACGCCACCUAAAAUAUCAGAUUUUAGAAGAGGUAGCCGUUGGUUAGGUUUGCUUAUCCACAUAACACUAAUUACUUGGUUAGGUAGCCUUUAGUUUUAAGUGUGGUAUGAUUUACACCGAUGGAACGGGCUCGUUGUGAUCUACAAAGUGAUAUUUAUUUUUCAAUAUAUUUCGAGCAAAAAAGAAAUUCAUACUACCCACACCAUUCGUUACCACUCUCUUGUCACCUUCGUUUACAACUUGAAUUUUGAAAAAAAACAUUGGCUAGAAGAAACUAGUUCAUCAUGAUUCAUGAUCUAUCAUUUAUAGGGAAAAGGUAUUCGGCCCAAACAAUACCGCUUAAAUCUCUUGUGCCGUGUAUAUAAACUUAGCUGCUGUAAGUCACUACUCAAUACAAUCAUAAAGAAAAUCGUCAAGCUGAGAGCUAGCUCCGUUGAGCUCUCCGUAAAUUAGCCAUGUUCACUUCAAAUAGGUAAUACCACGUAAAUUCUCAGCUUAUAUGAUUUUGUAUUUUGGGUUCUAGUUUUCUUCAUAACACCAUAUGGGAAAUAAAUUGGGACACAUCAUAUAAGCGAAUGUGGAGGAAAUUACCUUUUUCUCAACUAGACAUUUCUUCGUGCUCAAACUUGCUAUGUCGCUGACGCUGAACAAUAAUAAUGGUUUUGUUAAUGAGAAAUUUUACAAUGCUAUAUAGUAUAAUAGAAGUGUUUUUUGUUAAUAUCUUCUUAUCAUAAACUUGCCCACAACAAUUAGUGAUGACAAUUUCAACCCGUCCUACGGGUAUUACCCGACCUGACCCGCGAUGGGCGGGUAUGACCCGACCUGCAGUAGCGUAGGGGCGGGGCAUGGGUAUCUACUUCCGACCCGCCCUGCCCCGCCCCACCCUGUUCUAGGCUCAUUUUAUCUCAAUUUCUUACAAAAUCUAUACAUAUUUCUCUUAUUUUGACUUUUCUUCAGCUAGUUAGAGUCGAUCUUUCAACUUGUUAGACUCAAUUAUCCAUUCUAUUAUCAAUAUUUUUCAUUCUUAAAGCGUUUUUCCCUACAUUUUAUUGUAAAAAGUAAAAUUUACUUGUAUUUUUUUUGAACAACAUGUAAGAGUGAGUCGACCCGCCCCGCCCCGUACCCGCGCGGGUUUUACCCGCCCCGACCCGUAGUAACGUGAGGCGGAGCAUAGGAAUUGAGGUACCUGCCCCGCCCCGCCCGUCCCAUUGCCAUCACUAACAAUAUAUAAUGCCUAUUCGUUUUCUUUUUCUUUCCCAUUAUUUUGCUGCUUCCCUUUUAUGAUUUUUUUGUCAAUCUUUUCUUCAGUGCGGGUUGCUUCGGACACACUGAAGCAAAAAGCAAUCAAGGACGAUGGCGUGCGUAUAUGGUUUUGAGCGCACUAGAAAGAGAAAGAGAGUAUACACAUUUCUAUAUUUAUAUCGAAACUCCCACUGAAGAAGCAAAAGGAAACAAAAAAAUGGCACCCAUCACCACCUUCUUCAUUUUUCUGUGUUCAUGUCUAGACCUUCUCGACCCGUCAUCUUGGCUACCGGAACUCCAUCACUACUCCUCUUUCUCGUCCUCUUCCUCUUCUUCUUCUUCUUCUCACGGCCGGCGGCAAGUCUCACCGUCGCCGCUCGCCCUUUCCUCACUCGGAAUGGGUCAUAUUUUUCCCGGCGCUUAUUGAGAGAUCUUCACCAGCUGGGAAUGCUCUUGAUCGUCAGUCUCGUGAUGAGCUUCAUUGCCAAUUUGAAUCUUUUAUGCUAGCUUAUUAUUAGGGUUUCAUUACUUUGUAAAUUACAUGGAUCUUGAUUUACAAUUGGAUUAGGUUUUGCUCACUUUCGAUUUUGUUCGGUUUCUGUACGUAUAUGCUUUUAAUCUAAAAAUAUCUUUCUUUGUUGUCAUUCACACUAUUUGUAAUGCCUCUAUACCAAUCACCUGUUUGCAAGACGUCAGUGAGACUGGAAUUAUUCCGAAUAUAUGCACCGUGAGUCUCGUUAUUAUUAAAUUAAACGAAAAAAAUUUAAGGAGUGCGAAACCGUACCAUAGUUUUAUUGGAAAAAUAGGAUGGUAUUUAUGUGGUAAAAUCAUAAUUUAAUCGUGAUCCAACUGUUUUAUACUCGUAAAAUUCUUAUCGAUUUAGAGUCUGAUCCGACCGAACUAUAGGUUGUGAUUUUUUAGACAUUGAAAAACACUGAAAGUCGUUACAGGUUAUAACAUCUCUAUGUGAUUCUUAAAAUAGAGUUUUUUUCAUUAAAUCAAGUUGAAGUUAGGUGUAAAAGUUUGAAAUUGUGGCCUAUUUAAUUUGGUUCAACAACUUACAUUUUCUUAGCACCAUGCCAUUAUCGAAGGCCCCAAAAGAAAGAAAAAAAAAAAACAGACGAAACCCACUCCAUUUCCGAUUGAAGUACAGCAAAGCCGCCAUUGGUAUGAUGAUCUGUGAUGUAAGCUUCUGAGUUGUGACCUUCGCUCUUUGGCCCAUUGAAAACUGCACCCAACUUGUUUGAGCCAGCCUGGGGAAGACUCUGUUGGGAAUCGGAUAUGCAUCUAUGGCCUACAAUCAAGUUGAGAGACUCCUUCAGCAUCGACUACAUCCGGCGGCUGGAUUGGAACCUCCACCAGAUGAAAAUCGACAAGAGAAGCAAGCAGCGUCUCCUGGACGACGGCGGUGACCAGGAGAGCGGCGCUCCUGGAGACGAAGGAGUAGAAGAAGAAGAAGAAGAAGAAGGGUCCAGUUCAAAGAACGGGUUCACCGAAAGAGCUGCUUUCGUAUGCAGAGAGAUCCUCUUGGUCCUCUCAUGCUGCUACUGCUGUUUCUGCUGUGGGGGUUAGUUUUCAAUACUGUUUUGGCUUUUGGGUUUCUGGCAAGUUUGAAUUUGUUCAAUUCGUGGGUUUCUGAUUACUGCGUGGUAUAGUUGAAAUCUUUGCGCAGGCAAUAGAACCCUUUUUCUGGUAUAGUGUUUGGUGUUUAUAUACUUUGCUGUUGCUGCCUUUGUGGGCAAUCUUCUAAAUGCUGAUGAAAAGCUACGCAUUCGAGCUCGCUGGGUAUGAUAUGUCGGAUUGAAUUUCGUGAGAAAUGUUGUAGUCAUAGAACAAUAAAAAUAGUUACUCAGUGAUAUGGCGAUCAAUUUGAGGCAGCAAGUGGACGAGUAAUGUCCUUUGAGAUAGGACCAUUCGUGGCAUUGUUUUUCUUGAGGAUCGAACUUAUUCAGAGAUUCUAAGUAGUUUAUGAGAAGUUCUACGAGAGCUGAAAGUCAUUGCGAUAUUAGCUACGAACAGGGGGGCAGAUGGAUUUCCGCUCUUAGCCUUCCUUUACAGCACUUUCUGAGAAAUUCUAAGUCUGUAUCUGGAAUGAUUGUAAAGAUAUGAAAGGCAGGGAUGAACCCGUAGAAGUUAACCACCAGUUAUGGUCUGUUGAUGGGAAUAUGAUGUGAGGUAUUCUGUCCUACAACUCCCAAGAGCUAGCCAAACAUCUGAAUUAGUCGUUGGACCAACAAAAAACAAACCACAUUCAUAGGGUACCAUCUAUCAUAAGUUGUGAGCUUAGAAGAGUGGAUUCUCUGUAGUUUCGAUCUGAAGACGCACCCCAGAAGAUAGGUUUUCAUUAGUCAGUUUAAACGAUACCUAUUUCGACUGACAAUUGAGAUUUGGAUUAGCCGUUUUCUUGUGGGACAUCUGAACUGUUCCUGUCAAGGCAAAAGAGAGCUAGUUAUUCAUCCUGGCAAAAGCUUGGUUUUAGUUUGUUAUGCUGCAGCCAGUUGCAAAUAAGUGCAAGGUUCCCUUUUCGGAUAGGCAUUGGCAGUGCAAGCAAUAUUCCGGAGUUUCUUCUUAUUCCUCAUCUUAUGAACAUGUGCAGGAGAGAUGUUUUUUAUUGCCAUCAUCAGUUUAGAACUUGAGUUUGCAGGAUUAGUGUUACCUGAUGCAGUUUGUUGUUGUUGUUUACGUUUACUGUCCCAGAUAUGAAUGUGAUUUGUCUUAAUUGAAAGUUGGAGAGGAAUUGCCUCUUCUCUUCUGGCCUGCUAAAUCCCACAAUUUGAUUUUUCCAGCUUGCGUCGAUUGAGACGUAGACCUGAAGCUGCACAAAGGAUUGAAUAGGCAGUGGCUGGAAGGACAGCAUGUUGUUGAACACAUCGGCAAUCCUCGUUCUACGACAAUCGACAGAAUCCUAAAACUAGUAGUGCUGUGACAGCACAGAUGAACUAUGGUAUUGCGUUUGUUAGGCUUUGUUUCGGCUAUCAUUCUUCCUUAUCUGGAGCAUGAAAGCAUUGUUUCCGUCAUUGCUGAAAAAACUUCAGGGGUUGAUCGGUAGGUUUGCAGACUAGCUAGCUACAUUAGUCUAUGUUAGCUUGAAUUAGUGUGGUGCAAUGGUAAUUGUAAUAUCAAAUUGUAUAUCCACAAAAUGGUGCAUUUUGAAAGCAAUCCACUGGCGAAUGUAACGGUCUUCAGAAUGUCAACAGGUUUCAUGUUCAGAUUGAGAUGGGAUGGGAUCACCCACAUUUUCAGCUCAUAAACAAACAAACAGAGGAACA